AUGCCGCCCAAGCGCGCCAUUACCAUACACAGCGACGACGAAGGGUCCGCACCAGAGAGCUCCCCAGCCUCCAAGCGCGCGCGCACCCAGGAGGAUAGCGACACCGGGCUCGCGUCCCGGCCUAAGCGGGCCACCAAGGGCAAGGGAAAGUCCAGGCAGCGCACAGAGGAGGCCGUGGAUCUGGUAGACGAGGAGGAGGACGCCGUUGAGCAGACUGCACCAGACGAAGAUGAGGAGAAGAGAUUUGAGGAAGAGCAUGAGGAGGAGAUCCGGGAGAACCUCAUGUCGAAGGGCAAGGCACAGGGGGGCAUCGCGGAGAUGGGUAUCAUCGAGUCUAUUGAAAUGCACCAGUUCAUGUGUCACAAGUACUUGACGUUCCAAUUUGGGCCUCAAAUUAACUUCAUUAUCGGCCAUAACGGAAGCGGCAAGAGCGCUGUACUUUCUGCGCUUACCGUGGCUCUUGGAGGCAAAGCAAACUCUACCGGACGUGGGAGCGGUUUGAAGUCAUUUAUUCGCGAAGGACAAUCGGUGGCCGAAGUUACUGUUUGUCUCAAGAAUCAGGGCGAAGAAGCUUACAAGCCCAAAGAUUAUGGCAAGACUAUCGUUAUUACUCGCCGUUUCACCAGGGAAGGAUCUUCUAGUUAUAAAAUUAAAAGCAAGGAAGGGAAGGUCGUCUCUACCAAACGAGAGGAGUUGUCCGCUAUCUGUGAUCACAUGAAUAUUCAGGUUGACAAUCCCAUGAACAUUCUCACUCAAGAUGCUGCCAGGCAGUUUUUGAGCGCAUCACAGCCUGCCGACAAAUACAAGUUCUUCCUCCGUGGCACGCAACUCAGCCAGCUGAGCGAGGAAUACCAAACGUGUCUGGAGAACAUCAGUCAAACCCAGAAGGUUUUGAAGCGCAAAUCGGAAGUCAUUCCGGAUUUGCAAGAUGCGUUGGAAGAAGCGACUGCGCGCUUUCGGGAGGCCAACAAGGCCCGUGAGCAGAGGCACAAGGCCGACGAGUUGAAGAAGGAGCUUGCGUGGGCCCAUGUCCAGACCAAGCAGGAUGAACUGCAAGAGAAGCUCGAAGAAGCAGCCAAACUAUCUCGUCGCUUGCCGAAAAUCCGAGAGCAGAUCGCUGCUGCCAAUAAAGAGUUCGAAGAGAGUUCACAACUGGUUCAGGCUUACGAGGAGGAAAAUCACAAUCUUGGUUCCAUUGGGCACCUCCAUGAGAUGAGGAACGAGAUAAAUUCCAAAUUGAAGACAAACAAGCAGAAGCUGGCGACCAUGAACAAUGAGGAAAAGGAGAUGCUUAGGGGCUUGAAAAGGGUGAACGACGCGAUUGCAAACCUUGAUGCCAGGAUCCAGGAAGAAGUGAAGAAGGACGAGGAUGCUAGCAAGGAAAGGCGGGACGAUCUGAACCGUCGACUGGAAGAGGCGAAAGUCUCGUGUGACCAGGCUGAACGGCAGCUUCAAGAUCUCAAGGACGAGCGCCAGCAGAGGGGUCCAGAGACCGAGAAAAUCAAGCAGGACAUACAGAAGCUCAAUCAAGAACGCGAGCAGCUCAAACGUAGCAUCGUAGAGUGCCAGGAGCAAGUGCGGAUGUGCGUUGAGCGCGAGCGCAACAAAGUAGCGAGGUUUGGCACGAACAUGGACAGAGUGAUGGCAGAUAUCCAACGAACGAGAUGGCAUGGGAAUAAACCUGUCGGGCCAUUUGGAUUGUUCGUUGGCGUCAAGGAUCCGGCUCAAUGGGCUCCGAUUAUACGCGUUCAACUGGGGGCCCUUAUGAGUGGAUUUGCGGUAACUGACGCUCGGGAUCGCAAAACACUCGAAAAGUUGUUAAAGGGCCAUGGCAACCGGAACCCGUCCAUUGUCAUCUCCGAGGUUGACUUGUUCGACUAUAGUCGAGGAGAGCCACCAGAGGGAUACCUCACUGUUUUGCGCGCUCUAGAGAUCUCUGACGAGUACAUCCUGCGUGUCUUGAUUAAUCAAGCGCACGUCGAGGGCACGUUCCUUGCUCCUACCCGUUCGGAUGCAGACAGCGUCUUGUUACAGUAUGGACGCGGUGGGACGGCUUGGUCAGGCGAUCUGUACAACGUCCGCCGUUUCCCUGAGGGGGGUGGACAGUCAUCUGUCAUUCAUGCGCUUAGCAUGGGCGACCCAAGGCAGCAGCUGUUCACCGGCAAUGAUGCCACAGCGGAUAAGCAACGUUGGCAAGAACGUGGGAUGAAGCUCGAGCAGCAGUACAACUUGCUGAGUCAGCAGAUAGAUCAGCUCAAGCAGACGGAGACGCAGAAGGAUAGGGAAGCCCGGAGUCUUGCUAAACAAGAGAGCGACAUGUUGCGACGAUCCAGAGGACUGAAGGACCAGCGUGACUCCCUCCAAAUCCAAGUCAACAAUGAUAUGCCCGUUGGAAUUUCUGGACUCCAGGAUUCCAGAGCUGACAUGGUGAAGGAAAAGGAGGCUUAUGAAAGCCAGUGGCAGACUCUCGACAAAGAGAGGAAGGAAGUCAACGAAGCGCAGCGUCCCUUGUUGGAGGAAGCCAACGUUAUUAAGAAGCAGAUAGAGGAGUUUUCGGAGCUACAAGUUGGCAUACAGAACAAAAUUAGUGUUGAGGCGGUGAGACGGCUGAAUGCGCAGAACACGGCAACGCAUUUCAGCGAGAAACUUCAGGCUGAGGAGGCCAAGGUCACCACUGCUGAGGACGUGGUGAAGACUUUACAGACAGAGUUUGAGCAAUGGACAGCCAAGGCGACGGAGUACUGUGAACGCUUCGAGAACCCUCGUAAGGCUGAAGACGUACAGAAGAAUUUGGAAGCCGUUCAGACAGCCCUUCGCGAGCGUGAGAAGAAGCAAGGCGCUACAGUCGAAGAUAUGACGAUAGAAGUCAACAAGAAGAAGGCUGCGCUGGAGACUGCCAAGAAGGACUUGAAAAACAUGCUAUCUUUGAACAGGGCCCUUCGGAGAUCUGUGAAAGUCCGUCUUGCUAAGUGGCAUGAGUUUCGCCGUCACAUCGCCCUCCGUUGCAAAGUGUACUUCUCGUACCAUCUCUCGAACCGUGGCUACUACGGCAAAGUUUUGUUUGACCAUGUCAACGGCUCUCUACAGCUGAAGGUGCAAACGGACGAUCAGACAUCCACGCAAAAUUCGAGGGAGAAGGAUCCGCGCUCGCUCUCUGGUGGAGAGAAGUCGUUUUCCACCAUUUGUCUCCUGCUGUCACUCUGGGAGUCCAUCGGUUGUCCUAUUCGGUGCCUUGAUGAGUUCGAUGUGUUCAUGGAUGCUGUGAAUCGCCGUAUCAGUAUGAGGAUGAUGAUCGACACUGCCAACUCGUCCAACAACAAGCAGUACGUCCUGAUCACCCCGCAAGAUAUGACCAACAUCCACGUCUCACCCUCCGUGCGCGUGCACCGCAUGACCGACCCCGAGCGCGGCCAGGGUGUGCUGGCAUUCCAGUGA